UGUCUCUCUUUCUGCUGAGUUGGCGGGUUUGGCCAUGGCCGCGGCUCGGCCCGCGCGGGGGCCGUCGCUCCAGCUACUGGGGCUGAAGCUGCUGCUGCUGUUGCUGCUGCUGCAAGGGGGCCCGGGCCAGGGGGCGGCUUUGAGCGGGAACGGGACCAGGCCUGGACCCUGGAGCGGGAGAGCUAAUGGGGCCGAGACUGGCCCGCCCCCCCUGUUGAGCCACUGCGGCCGGGCAGCCCCUUGCGAACCGCUGCGUUACAACGUGUGCCUGGGCUCGGCGCUGCCCUACGAGGCCACCUCCACGCUGCUGGCCGGGGACUCGGGCUCCCAGGAGGAGGCGCACAGCAAGCUGGUGCUCUGGUCCGGCCUUAGGAAUGCUCCCCGCUGCUGGGCAGUGAUCCAGCCCUUGCUCUGUGCUGUCUACAUGCCCAAGUGUGAGAAUGAUCGAGUGGAGCUGCCUAGCCGAACCCUGUGCCAGGCCACUCGGGGACCCUGUGCCAUUGUCGAGCGGGAACGAGGCUGGCCCGACUUCCUGAAAUGCACCCCAGAUCACUUUCCAGAAGGCUGUCCAAAUGAGGUGCAAAACAUCAAGUUCAACAGUUCGGGACAAUGUGAGUCACCCUUGGUUCGCACAGACAACCCCAACAGCUGGUACGAGGACGUGGAAGGCUGCGGGAUCCAGUGCCAGAAUCCGCUCUUCACCGAGGCUGAACACCAGGACAUGCACAGCUACAUCGCUGCCUUUGGCGCCGUCACUGGCCUCUGCACGCUCUUUACCCUGGCUACGUUUGUUGCUGACUGGAAGAAUUCGAACCGCUAUCCUGCUGUCAUACUCUUUUAUGUCAAUGCUUGCUUCUUUGUGGGCAGCAUUGGCUGGCUGGCUCAGUUCAUGGAUGGUGCCCGCAGGGAAAUUGUUUGCAGAGCUGAUGGUACCAUGAGGCUGGGGGAGCCCACCUCCAAUGAAACCCUGUCCUGUGUGAUCAUCUUCGUCAUCGUGUACUAUGCGCUGAUGGCAGGCGUGGUCUGGUUCGUGGUGCUCACCUACGCGUGGCACACCUCCUUCAAGGCCCUGGGCACCACGUACCAGCCCCUCUCUGGCAAGACCUCCUACUUCCACCUGCUCACCUGGUCACUGCCGUUUGUGCUCACCGUGGCCAUUCUUGCUGUGGCCCAGGUGGAUGGGGACUCAGUGAGUGGUAUCUGUUUCGUGGGCUACAAGAACUAUCGUUACCGAGCUGGCUUCGUGUUGGCCCCUAUUGGUCUGGUGCUUAUUGUUGGGGGCUAUUUCCUCAUCCGAGGAGUUAUGACUCUCUUCUCUAUCAAAAGCAAUCAUCCUGGAUUACUGAGUGAGAAAGCAGCUAGCAAGAUCAAUGAAACCAUGCUACGUCUGGGCAUUUUUGGCUUUCUAGCUUUUGGCUUUGUGCUCAUCACCUUCAGCUGCCAUUUCUAUGACUUCUUCAACCAGGCUGAGUGGGAACGCAGCUUUCGGGAUUAUGUGCUGUGCCAAGCCAACGUGACUAUUGGGCUACCCACCAAGAAGCCUAUUACUGAUUGUGAGAUCAAGAAUCGUCCCAGCCUUCUGGUAGAAAAGAUCAACCUGUUUGCCAUGUUUGGCACGGGCAUCGCCAUGAGCACUUGGGUCUGGACAAAGGCUACUCUACUUAUCUGGAGACGUACUUGGUGCAGGUUGACUGGACAGAGUGAUGAUGAACCCAAACGAAUCAAGAAAAGCAAGAUGAUUGCCAAAGCUUUCUCUAAACGACGGGAGUUACUACAGAAUCCAGGCCAGGAGCUCUCCUUCAGCAUGCAUACUGUGUCCCAUGAUGGGCCUGUGGCGGGUUUGGCCUUUGAUCUCAACGAGCCUUCUGCCGAUGUCUCUUCUGCCUGGGCCCAACAUGUCACUAAAAUGGUGGCCCGAAGAGGAGCUAUCCUUCCUCAGGAUGUGUCUGUCACUCCUGUUGGGACUCCAGUACCCCCAGAAGAACAAGCUAACAAAUGGCUGGUUGAGGCAGAAAUCUCCCCAGAGCUACAGAAACGCCUGGGAAGGAAGAAAAAGAGAAGGAAGAGAAAGAAGGAGGUGUGCCCUCUGGCACCCCCCACAGAGCUUUGCCAUCCUGGACCUGCACCCAGUGCAGUACCCCGCCUGCCUCAGCUGCCCCGGCAGAAGUGCCUGGUGGCAGGGGCCUGGGGGACGGGGGAGACCCACCGACAUGGAGCUUGGACCUUGGUCUCUAACCCUUUCUGUCCAGAGCCAAAUUCUCUCCAGGAUCCAUUUCUGCCAACUCCGCCAGGCCCAGCAGCGUGGGCUCAAGGUCGUCGGCCUUGUCUAGCCCCCAUUCAUUCUCGUACCAACUUGAUGGAGGCUGAGUUAUUGGAUGCUGAUUCUGAUUUCUGAACCUUUGAGAGCAGGACCUGGAUUGAGGGUGGGCAUGGGUGGCACGUGGGAAGAAGUAAACUCUGGUUUCCUGACCAGAAAUAGGCAGCUUUUCUCCCUUCCCUUUUGCCUGCUCCCCAAGGCAUCUCCUAUUCCCAGAGAGCCCCCAAGCCCAAUACUCUCCCAAAGGAGUAAUUUAUCUCUAGCUCAGUCUGGCCAGAGUGUGGGAAAGAGCCCAAGCUAACUAGAUUUUCAUGGCAGAACUGCUCUACUUCUCAAAGCUGCCCAUUCCUUAGUGGGUUUUACUUCAGGGCAGGGAUCAAUAGCCAAAGGCCUUCAUUUCCCUCUCAGCCAAGCAGGAAUUGGGCUGAGGACAAACAGUGUCUGGGAGAGAUAGAAUACACAGUGCUAGUAUGUUGGCAGUAGAAGUACCAAGCAGGAGAAAGGUAAUGGUGCUUGGAGAGCUAGGCCUAAGAAGGAAACAGAGCCUAUAUAAGCACCGGUGAGGGACCCGCCAUCCUCAAGCAGAGGCAAAACCCUAAUUCUCAGAAGUCUUCAGACAAGAAGGCUGAAGCUAAGAAUAAUAGUAUUCACCCAAUUUUGUGUCCUGGCCUUUCCUCUGAAAUGGGACAGGGAAUUCCUUUUUUUUCCCCUUCCUAAGCAUGGAAUGGGGAAGAAGAUUGAUGGCCCCAUUCCUGUAAAAGCCAGAGUGCCCUUUAGCAAGGGCCCCACAGAUUCUACUGAUUACCUGUAAUUUAACCUUUUUCCCCCCAUCUUUUCCUUACCCUUCUUUUCCCAUCCGGCGAAUUCAUUUUUAUCUCCUCUUUUGAAUCCUUCCCUAUUAUAUUUGUUUAGCACUUAGAGCUACUUUCUGAAGCUCUGAGUAGUCACCUCUUCACCCUUUCCUUGUUGGCCCCAUUCCCCGGGAGAAACAUUCAGCCAUGGGGUCUCAAGCUAUGGGUAAGAACAUUGGAUCAAUUGCCAUUGGGACAAAUGCCAUCUCCUCUGUUGGCCCAUCCCUUGAGAAGUGGAGCCAUUGAUGUGAGGGCCUGCUAUGAGGGAACUACUCCAGAUGGUCAGAGAAUGCCCUUCCUAUUGACACAACCUGAGUACGGGUGUUUAUAUCCCUACUGUUUUAAUCUUUGGUACCAUUUCUUCCCAUUCCCCAUCCUCCCUCUCCCCAAAAGUCAGGCAGCAGAAAGCCUUUGAAGCUUAUUGGGUUCUAGGCCAGGGGCAUGGGGAUUUGGGUGAAGAAAUAUAAAUAGCCAAUAAAAGAUUUUGUACAAA